UCGGUCAAGCCAACAAUCACAUGGAAACCCUAGCUCACUGCCUCUCUCCCCUUCCGGUUGAUAUUUAGGGGUUGCAGCUCAUUCUCACUUAAACUCCUGCCGCCGCCGCCCCUCCUCCGCCAUCUACCGUUAUUCACCGCUGCGUAGCAAUGGCUUCAGAGAAGAAAUUGUCGAACCCGAUGAGGGAGAUCAAGGUGCAGAAGCUGGUGCUCAACAUCUCCGUCGGAGAGAGCGGAGAUCGUCUCACCAGAGCUGCUAAGGUGUUGGAGCAACUCAGUGGUCAAUCUCCUGUUUUCUCCAAGGCAAGAUACACUGUUCGAUCUUUUGGGAUCAGGAGAAAUGAAAAAAUUGCUUGCUAUGUCACGGUUAGAGGUGACAAGGCUAUGCAACUCCUUGAGAGUGGCUUGAAGGUCAAGGAGUAUGAACUGUUGAGGAGGAACUUCAGUGAAACUGGAUGCUUUGGUUUCGGUAUCCAGGAGCACAUCGAUCUUGGGAUUAAGUAUGACCCUUCUACUGGUAUUUAUGGUAUGGACUUCUACGUUGUCUUGGAACGCCCUGGAUACCGUGUGGGUCGUCGCCGUAGGUGCAAGGCCCGUGUUGGAAUCCAACACAGAGUCACCAAGGAGGACGCAAUGAAGUGGUUCCAGGUGAAAUAUGAAGGUGUGAUCCUGAACAAGGCAUCCAACAUUGGAGCUUAGACUGAGAUCAGUGUCUCACCCUUUGGAAUGAAAUCUUUAAAGGUUUUGUUUGUUUUAUCCUUUUUCGCUAAAAGUUUUGUAGAAUUAUAUCAGCAUACAGGUCUUACUCUCAUGUUGAGAUGAGGUUAUGUUUGAUAUUUUAUUACUGGUGUUAGAUAUGCUUAUGAAUGUUGGUACUGUUAUGAAGAACCAGAUUGGUUUUAUAUCAUUUAAAUGUUCUUUUA